UCUUGCCAAGCAUUUUUCACAUCAGAAAAAUUGUCUUAUUUUGAUGAAAUAUAUCUUAAUUUUUCUUAAUAAGAUUUACCAACUAAUAUCAAGUUAAAUUUAACUAGGUGUGGACAUAUUUUGCUAAAUAUUCCAGCAAUACGAUUAUCGUCCUUAUUUUAAGAUUGAGACCACUUCCACAACUUCUCAAUUUAAGAAUCUUAGGAAAUGACAGCAAUUUAUUUCAAACAUGAAAGUAUGCAGUUUGAUUAAGAACAAUUGUAUUCAACAGCCAAAUACAGCCAAAAACAUAAAAUGUCUAACUUUUCAAGUAUAUCUGAGCAACAGCUGUUGUAAUGACAGAAUAACAGUGCCUUUUACAAUGCAUCAGAUGAGGCUUUGUGCAGCUCAAUCACAUCCCUGAGGUAAUAUUUCAUUGGGACAUAGACUAUAUCCUUGUGAGUAAAGCUGUAAUAUGGAGUGAAAUCUACAAGGUUAUCAACAGAUACAAGCUCCGUUGCUUGCGCUAAGUUUGGGAUCUCGAUUUGAUAUGCCAUAUAAUCUCUAUCAUAACAAAUGGUGUUGUACGGCAUGAACUCAAAACAGUACAAUGAUGAAUUGAUCACAUAGAUAUUUCUUAAAAGUCCAAAUUCGGGCAGAUCAGAAUUAACAUCACACACAAAUAAUGACUUUUCCCGUAUGUAUUUGUUGCCAUUUAGAUUAAUCCAUUUUACAGACACAGCAUGGUUAACCUCAUCAUUUCCAAGGAAGGCUCUUGUUUUUUCUUUUAAGUAUGACAUGUUUGUUAUUUCUGAUUUUGGUCCCAAUGUGCAAUCAUUUGAAAAAAUGGGGUGUUCAGAACUACUUACAUUCUGACAACAUUCAUACAUUUGAUUAUGCCUUAUUAAGGAUUUGCAAACAUUUUUAAAGUUUAGUUUUGAAGCCCACUGUUUAAAAAAGCAAUGCUUUGAUUCAAAUCUCAUGCACAUAUGACGAACCAUUGGUCCCAGUUGCUUAAUCUGAGAUGGCACAUGAAUCAAAUAAUGUUGCUUUGGAGUGAUGUUGUUAUCUGGGAAAAGGUUCUUCAUGUGUUUUAGGUGCUGUUCAAUAAGUGAUUUUAAUGUGUUGAUAGUCUGUACACUAAUAACAGGAGCAAACAAAAUAUGAACUAUCUCUAUCAGCUCAAGAAUGACUGUGUGGUACUCACUACCUUUUACUGCAUCAAUUAAAAAUGGCAGAAUUUUAAGAAGAACAAGCAUUUGGCCCGAGGACUGCUUUAAUUUAUUGUCAUUGGAUGCUAAUGUGCUGUAGCUUAUAGGGCUUGGUUUAUCUCUGACAUCAUGUGGAGAAUAGGGAAAUGCAAGUAAUGCACCAUUGAAAAUAUCCAAGUCAAGUUGCCCUAAAAGUACUAAGUGUUUCAUCACACACUUUAUUUCUAAUGGGGCAAUGCCUUCCAGUAUUACGUGCAUGAUGUCUUGUGGUGUUUGUUGGAUCAAGUUAAAAGCCGGGAAUUCUACUAGUUUACUCCUUCUGUUGAUCCCAAAUGUAGUUUUUAAACUGUUUCUAAGACACUCCGUAUUGGCCUUCUCAAUAUCACUACACUGCCGCAUAUGUCUCUCUAUUGUUCUUUCUUCAAAGUAAUCCUCAUCAAAAUACAAUUGCAUGUCCUCAAAUGUACAUUCACAUUGCCUACAUUUCUUGAAAGCAAAACCAACACCUUCUUUAAAACCACAAAGCUCAUGCUGAGCUAAAGUGUCCCCACAAAUCGAAAAUAAUGCUCCAUAUAUUUCACGUUCACCAUUCCCAAUUUGAAUUCUAACACCUUCAUAAAGCCUUACCAGGUCCUCUUGAAGCCGUCCCAAAAUUGCAUCAACUCCACAUUCAGACAGUUGGCUCUUCCUUGCAAUGGCGAGUAGGCGAAUCGAAGCCAGUUUUGAUCGAUAUUUUGGAUUAAUGUUUCCAAGUGUAUAGUAAAACAUUACCAACUUAUUCUUGGAAGCAUGAGACCCAAGCGGAUUGCAAAGUUCAAUGUCAUCAGAGUAAAGGAUUAUUUGUAAGGCAGAGGGCCGGGCAGAAAAUAAGGGGUGUGAUUUCACGAAUUCACCAUCUGUAAUGUCAUACAAAUAGCCACUUCUGUAUUUCUGUGGCUCAUCUAUCAUUGACAGGACUUUUGGAUGGGACAAUAAUUGUUCCAGACUUUUGAUCAGAGGAACAUAGUGAAAACAUUUGGGUCUGGUAGAGAGGACUCUUUUUGCUCCUUUUUUAAGAAAGCAAGCAGUAUACCCAACAAUAACUUCCUCUGACUCUACAAAAUGGAAAUGAUCCUUAAUCACACAGUCCUGCCUGUACGUUGUUGAAACAGAGGCAAACGGAUCUUCCAACUGGUCAAAUACUGCCAGAGCCUCCUUUUCAAGUUCACUUCCCUGAUGUUGAUGGAAUACUCUUUGUAGCCGACUCCUCAGAUUGGUCACCAACAAAGCUUGGUACUGUUGCAUUGCUGCCACAACAUCAUUCACACCAGUCUGAAAAACAGGGCCAAAAGGACAGAUGCAAAUUACAUUACAUCAGAAUAGUCCAAUGUAAAACAUUUUCAUUUUGUACUAGCCUUUAGGGCCAGAUAUUGCACCACCCUUUCAAUGAGCAAUUUUAGAGGAACGUAAACUACAAUAUUUAUUUUUUAAAAAGGGGAAACAAUUCACUCAUCAAUUGAAUGAUGGGGCAAUUAAACAUAAUGCCAAAUACAUGUCUAAUUUAAUAUGCAAAAUCUAAUUUGUGUUGGGCAAAAGAAAAUGCACAUGUUUAAAAAAUAAAACAUUACAGAGAUGUCCGUUGUAUUACAGUAAAAAGAAGCUGCAAAGGGAACAGACUAAAUGCACAGCAAAACUGAAAAAAUUAUCAAUGCAGAUGAACUACCCUUGAGAGAGGCUAUAAUUAAUUUUGAGAGGUAAGCUUUAUAGCAAGAGCACUCCAGGCUUUGACAGUUGAUAGACAAAUGUAAAUAUUAUUUAAUGAUCAGAUUUGAGAUUGCAGAGGAUCACCAAAGACUAAAUUAUGUUAAUGUUGCAUGCGGACAGACCUGCGAAAGAUGGUGUCUUUCUCUUGCACUCAACACAAUAGCAGUAGCUUGUCUGGUCAGAAUGUCCUGGCAGGAGGCAUCCUUAAAAAAGAACAGUCAAAUCAGAUGCGUCUAAUAUGUUCAAGCAUCUUUUGGUCAAAUGUGUGAGGAAAUGAACCUGCUAUAAUCGCAGUAUUGGCAGAUUGUAUGGGAGCAGGGGGCUGCUAGGGCCAACUACAGUUCAAGAUCAAAUAUGAACUACUGACCAUGACCAACAACAAUAUACCCAGAAAAAUCAAAUGACAAGAAGAUACAUGGAGCAUUAGAAAAGAUUGUUAUUGUGUGCUAAAGAAAAAUAUUUACAUGCAUACCUCAGAUUGGUGUGAUUUAGAGGGGCCAUCUGCAGGCUCACUUGGCAAAUCUGGUAUGUUCAAAGCUGUUUGUAUAGUACAGUCACAUGUCUGGGACAUAGUAGGGUGCCGUGGAGAGGUGAGUUUGCUGUUGUCAAAGCCAGAGUACAAUGACACUGAAUUGUCAAAAGCCCCAAAAUGCUCGCCGAUGACAGGAUCAGGACAGGGUUGCUCUCUGUUCUCCACCAUUGCAUCCUCCGUUGGUCGCUCUACGUUAUCCACCACAUUUUCUGCUGGACUCUCUCGGUUUUCCACCAUUGCAUUAGUUGGCCUGUAUUUGUGGACAUGAAAAUAUUAGAAGAGCAGGGGCCCAAACUUAUAAAAGUCUUUGUGCAUCAAAAUACUUUUGCUACAUUAGAAUAAUGAAAGGUAUCGGUUUUAAAAAUAACUGAGGAAAGGGUUGGAUCAAACAUUACAACAACUCACAUCAUAUAUGCCCAUAGCCUACUGCAACUUUGACAUCAUGCAUUUAAGGCAGUAUUUCAAAAACAUUGGUAAAUCAUUAGUUCCGGUGUUCUGUCGAUCUAUGCUGCCUUGUCGAAAAAUGCUACCGUAGCGCAAAUCGAUGGUAGGGUCUAUCGAGUCGCGCUUCCCUAUCAAAAUAAUGAAUUAUUAUGUGUUCCCAUUUCGAAUUGUGCAGGCAGGCUGAAUCCCAUAGAGGCAUAACUCUAACAGUAUUGACAUCAUAUGCUUAUUUGACAAUAUUUUGAUACUUUAUUGAAUAUUUCAGUGGUGGCGUAUUCUGAUAGACAAAUAUACCCUAUCAAAUAAUGCUCCCCCAACACAAUCAUUAUAUAUUGCACCACUACUCACUCCAUGUGCACUGUCAGGAGAUAAGGAGCAUAUUUUGAUAUUCUAUUAAUGUAUAUUUAUUGAAUAUUUCAGUGUUUUUACCGCAUGUCCGACCUGCUAGGUUGCAUAGAUUUAUGGGCGGGGAAUCAGACCACAAUUGUGCAUGCGCAGAACCGAUAGGUAGCAUAGAUCGACAGAACACCGGAAAUAACCUUGCUCUUUUUCAGUGUUAAGUGCAAUAUAUUAUAGCACUUAACGUUAAAACAUCCACGAGUCAAACUUGUAAAGCAUUCCCCGUAUACUGGCACGCCUUUGGGGCGGCAUUGAAUCAUUAUUAAAUUAAAAUUACAUAUUAUUGAGCAAUGCGCGCCUCACCAAUUGAAAACCGCUCACUUAAGUAACGCAUAGUGAUUUACCUAUAUGCCCACACGUUGUUAGUGUUUAAAUCCAUCGCUGAUGUGCGGUCCAGUCUCGAGGUGUCCAUCCUUCUUCCUCCCCUUGAGUUUUCUUCGAAUAUGAUACCAAAGUGAGUUGUAGACACGAUAUUCUUUGCUACAACCAUCGAUUCCACAAACGACACGGAAAUCUGGACUACGACUAUGAGCCGAAUUGAUAUGACUCAAUAAAGAUUUGAGGGUUAGACCCACAAAAACAAAGCAGAUAACGCAACGCCAAAUCAUGAUUUUCUAGUUUAGCUAGCUAAGCUAGCUGGCUUGUUGACGCAGAUAAACAACCCUGUUCCCACUUCCCAAACACGCACAGGUCUGGGUAACGCCAAAGCGUAGCGUCCCCUUGGGGCGACCUGUUUGAUUUAUCACAUAUACUCAUCAAGGGAAAGUGUCUAUAAAUAUGUGUCUCAUAAGAGCAGCAACCAGUCAUUAAUCAAUGAUCUCAUACAUUGGGCUUAAUAUUGAUUAUAUUUUAGUAAAAAUAAUUUUUAUUAGGAAAACGGGGCAAACUUAAGCUGUUUCGGCCGACCGCACCCCUGGCCCUACCCUGAAAAUGGUAUAUUCCAAAUGUGGUCGCGCCAUUGUGUAGAGAAUUGGGCGCGCAGCGUUUAACGGCAGUCUUUGGAUUUCCAAUGCAGCUACAUUUUGUUUGCUGCAGGAGUUUUAGGAAUUGCGGUUGAGCUAAUGGAUCAACUGGACGAGGUUGCACUUGCUACACUAAGAGGUAAGAUAUAUUAAAUCAUCUUUUCCUAAAACUCGUUUUUAUUUUUGAACCUACCUUGCUAUGUUGGCCUGUGUGCUAAAACCCAUGUUAGCUAGCUAGCAUGGCUGAAGAUAUUCUUAUUAGGGAUGGCCCGAUACCAUUUUUUUUCCAAACCGAUACGAGUAUGUGUAUUUACAUUUGUGUACUUGCCGGUACCGAUACUUUCGGUAACAUAGUGCGCGCUGGCUGUCACCCGGCGGGCCGCGAGUUUCACGUAUGUGAAAAGCACUUGCGGGCCACAUAAAAUGACUUGGCGGGCCGGAUUUGGCUGUGAGUUUGACACAUGUGUUUUAAACUAUCAAUCUGAUUAAUUUCGAGAUGCAUUUUUUUACAAUAAGAUGCGUUAUCUGGAGCGAGGGGCGCCCGCUCAUUUAAAUCCGCUCGAACCAACUUUCGGUGGAGCGACGCGGUGCACCGGCGAGGGGGAAGAGCCACCUGGGACACGGCAGGAAACGGCUGCACCCGGCGUGCGGAGGGUCCGGGCCGGCCUGAUUAUUUAAAAUCUUUCACAUCGUCCGGCGCUCGUCCAGGAUGCGCUUAAGCACCUGUUCACACGUAACCCCCCCCCCUAAAAACAUUUUCUCAUCGAAUCUACACGAUUCAUGUAGGUCACCUAUUUUGUUUUCAAAACGGCGAUUGAGCCCAAACCGCCGCAUUUCAACUCAAAAUAGGUAAUGUACGUGAAUCGUGUAGAUACGGUACAGGUGUCUUAACGGUCGUUAUCUACCGGACCGAAUAGCAACUCUGAUAUUAAUAUAGCUUUAAUAAAUAUACCAUAUAUAAAAACAUUUUUGUGUUAGCACUGGGAAAAUGUUGACUGGAGCAAAAUCAAAUCAAAUUUGCCCAUAAUUGAAAAGCUCAGUAUUCAGUAUCUUGGCACUAACUGUAUAUUUUUCUAUAGCUGCCAGGAUUGGUGAAGACUUACUGCCUUCCCUCUCUCGAGAUGAAAUCAACGAUCUGUUUCCUGGUCCUGAAAACUUUCACAGGCGGCGGGCAAUAUGGCUUGCUGUAAAUAAAGAUAAAAAGGUGGAGACUGCUGCGGAACUACCACUGCCAUCAGUGACUGGAGGCAGUAGUCUUUCACAAGAAGAGCCCAAAAUUUCUAAGUUUGUGGUUAUGUCCAGCCCGGAAUUCAUAGUUUACACAGACAGUGAACUUGAACAGGUGCGACGUGCCUACUUUGAGCAGAAACGGAUGGGGACUGAGAACAUUGUGGAGUUAUCUAAGGAGCUCUUCUGCCGGCUCAUAAGAAACACCAUGUGUAAUAUGAUCGCAAUUGCAAGAGCUACAGAAGAUGCCAGAUAUCCCACCAAACCAGAGGUCAAUGCCAUGGCAAAGCGGUUGGUGGAGUAUUAUCCGAUGGUACAACACUGGGAGUAUGUUGCCAAAAAGCUCAUGAAGAGGCUUUCAAAUGUAAAAAGCCCAAAGAAGGCUGUUCCUCCUGCAAAGAAACAACGGCAGGAAAUCGAGGAAAUGACAACGAGUGACUACGACGGGGAUUCGAGUGCUUCUACGGUCAUUCUUCAGCAGUCCCCAGUCAGAGCCAGCACCCCAGUUCAACACCUGAAUAACAGUGGUUCGGGCGACGUCCUAGACAGCCAGAAAACCCAGGCAAGGCACUACACGACACUGCAACAGAUGUGCCGGUCCAACAAGCCAAACAAAGCUUCAGUAACCCAUUUGCUGAACUUGGAGUUUGAGUCAAGAAGACUCUUCAUAACCUCUGACACUCUAAAGGAGCAAGACCGACCCAGCAAGAUUCUGGAGGCCUAUUCUUGUUUCAAAGACUUGGAUCAUGUCUUAGAUGAGUUGCAAAGGAUAAUACAGCCAAACAAUGCCCACUACGUCUCAGAAAUGAGGAAUAGAUGGAACGACUUUUUUUCAAAGGUCCAAUUUUAUGGGGUGAUGAAAAAAGUGAUGAAGCCCCCUAAAACAUUGGAUGGAGUGGAACAUGCCACUGCUGUUUUCAGAGCCCUGCCACUGCUCUUUCCAUCCAGCACUUUGCCACCGAAGAAGCUAGGCGCAUGCAGCGACGCGGUUUUCCAUGUCCUUACGGCUUCAGAGAACCCAGACACGUACUUGAGCAAGCGGCCCGUGGCUUGUCCAGUUAUGCUCGUCUGUGGGGAUAACUGCAUGAUUGCAAUUGGAAACACACCAGUGACCACCUUUGACAGGAAGAAGUUUGAUGAAGGCCUCCUUUACCUUUUGGGGUAUUAUUAUUGUCUGCACCUCACUUAUCCAAAGUUCAUUUCCACCAUGCUCUCAGUAUUGCAAACUGAGGUUCUCCAGGACUCCCUGCAUGACCAAGAUUCAACUGCUUCCUACAAAAAAGCCAUUGCCGAGUGGAGGGCCUUCAUUGAGUGAUUGACUAUCUCCAACAUUUCUUUUCAGUUUGAGAGUCAGACUCGUUAGCCGCGUUUGUUGAUGUCAUUGGACGUCCUUUAAUGAGUAAGUGCAUUACUCUGAGAAAAUUGUUUCUGUUCGAGGAAAAAUAUGUUGCUGUCAGUAUUCCAGCUGAAACGUUUUAUUUUUAUUCUAACUGAAAAUAUGCAGGUAUUCCAGCCUCAGAACAAAGUACUUGGUAUUGGUGUGAUGGUCCUGGACUCAGUGAGGGGAUUGAUGGAUGCAACACAUGUUGUUGAGUGAGAAAGAACUGCAUUAAAGAAGUAAAUGCUAAAACAAGAUGCUUCUGUUGACUUAAUUUGAGACUAUCGAACUUGGUUUCAUUGUGCUGUUUUAAUAUAUUGUCAUAAACUUUUUUUUGGCAAGUUAUUAACCUUACUUCAAGGUAUUAUUUCUUAAAGUCAGCUAAA